AAAUUAUUAUUUUUCGAAAAUAUAGGUGUGACAGAUUAGUGCACAUAAAUUAUAUUAUCUUAAGGAACGCAACUUAUUUCAUCCGUCCGCAAUACCUUAAAGUGCCUUACAAUUAUGAAUAAGACUCACCUUUUUAUUGUUGCUGGAAUAUUUCUGGUAUUUGCAGCACAAAGAGUAUUCUCAAUAAAAUGCUGGGAAUGUCGUAGUGAUUCCGAUCCAAAAUGUGCAGAUCCCUUUGACAACAGCACACUCUCAAUCACAGAUUGUAGACAAGCCGAUCCAAAGGAACAUUUGCCAGGAGUAAGAGCAACAAUGUGUAGAAAAAUUCGUCAAAAGGUUCAUGGUGAAUGGAGAUACUUUCGUUCUUGUGCAUGGAUGGGCGAACCAGGUAUUGAAGGAGAUGAAAGAUUUUGCCUUAUGAGAACAGGAACGUACAACAUUUUCAUGGAGUACUGCACAUGCAAUAGCAAAGAUGGAUGUAAUAGUGCUGGGAUUAUCAAUGGAAAGUUUGUUUGUGUAGCAAUCAUGCUGAUAUUUGCGCUCAUAACACGUAAAGUGUUUGUUUAG